CAAAGGUAAAGCAAGAUACUGCUGGUGUGACGUUUUGUUACAUUGCUCGGAACUCCAAACGAGACCUGCUUAGAGAGGAAAAGCAAAGGGAGGAUAGGCAAGGGGCCGAGUGCGAAAACGUAUUGCGGCUGCCAACUGCGCUGGAAAACGACGUCUGAUUGUAGGGUAGAAUACGACUGGCGAGAAAAUGUUUGGUCAGGCUUCAUGGAUUGCUGGAGUGUUGCAGGUACUGAUACUUACACUGAUGCCUCUUGUAUCUCCUGUAUUGAGACAAGAAGAUGAAAAUCUUUGGAGGUAUUAUGCUGCAGUUAUGCGGGUCAUGCGGAAGGUUGUCCAUCUAGUUUUCACACUUCUCCGUCCAGCAAAUAACCAAACGCCAAAAGAACUCUUGCUUGCUCUUCCAAACUUUUCUAUUGCUCAGUAUAACAGACUUGGGGAGGCUGUGAGACAUAAACUGGACAACAACCACCCUACUGAGGAAUAUGAUGUUACAUUGCUCUAUAUGUUGCUUCAGAAAGUGUGUGGCCUUCCAAACCAGUGGUCAACACCUGGAACACUGGAGAAUUUUCUCAAGAUAAUGAAGGACAAGCGGAAUGAACUAGCUCAUGAAGAUCUUAGGUUGACCAGCCAAGAUCUAGAAAGCCGUAUAUUAUUACUGAAGAACCUUUGUCGGCAGGCCCUAUUGAGGACUAGUCAGCAGACUGGAUGUUCACUUGAUGAUGAAAUAAGAGAGAUGGAGGAAGGAAUGGAGGAAGCAUUAACAACAGGGGUGCAUAUGUGGGAACCAUACAGACUAGGACUUACUGAUCUUAGGCAACAAAAGUCCAAUAUUAUGAUAAGAGAAGGUAAAAAAGAAGUCAGAAGUCUUUCACAGAGGCUUCAUAUCCUUAAUCCAUUUGCAUGGCUGUUAGAAAGAGAAUUUUCUCAACAUACAGUAAGUGAUGUAUUUACAGAGUUGACUCUCAGGGGCCAAGAGGUAGUGGAGAUGAAAAACUUAUUAGUUACAGAAUUACCAUCAGGAGGAUUUCCUGAAACUAUCAUAAUAUGUGGCUCACCAGGCAUUGGGAAAACCAGCUUCAUGAGGUUCAUUUUACAUGACUGGCUCUCUGGUGCCCCUGAACUCCAAGGUCUUAAUUCCUUUGAUCUACUAUUACAUGUAGAGGCGCGACAUGUCAUGAGUAGUAAUGUGUGUCAGUUGCUGAGGCAUGAGUUGCUGCCGCAAACCUGCAAACUUCUGGAAGAUGAUGAUGUUGUAUCAACACUGCAAGAAUUAUCUGUGCUGUGGUUAUUAGAUGGUUAUGAUGAGGCAUCAGCAAAUACUAAGCAAAUCAUUAAGGAAAUUAUAAGGAAAUUUUCAUACUCCAAAAUAUUGAUUUCUACAAGAACUGAAUGUACAAAGGAAGUUGAAAUGGCUAUCAGUGAUUUUCAUCUAAGUCACAUAGUGUUUCAGAUUGUUGGGCUUUCCACAAACAACAUGAAGGCAUGUGCUAAGAAACUUUUUGAUUUAUAUGUAAUCAGGGAAGAUAUGCGGAAAGAAAAUCUGGAAUCAUUUUUGGGUUUUCUAGUUAGACAAAAUAUUGAAAUGCAAGAUAUUUUCAGGAUUCCAUUAUUCCUAACAAUAUUAGCAUUAUUAUGGAUUGACAAUGCUUCUGAAAUAUCAAAGGCCACAACUUCUACAAAGAUCUUGAUGAUUCUUGUUGAUCAUAUUGUCAAGAAAAUGAUCACCAGACAAUCAUUUAAGAGAUCAGGUCUAACUGACAGAAAUCUGAAAAGAAGGGUUGACUCAUUCCUUGAUGAUUUAGGAUAUGCAUUGUUAAGUGAAAUGAAUCUUGAUGCCAGCAGUGAAUUGGUUGACUGGCUAGAGGAAAGGUGUGAAGAACUUGGACUACCCUUUGAAGAUACUAUGUCACCAUUCUUCACCUUUAUAGUAGAAUCAUCUGCAAGUACAACAAGAGAGACUUACUUCAUUAACCACAGGACAUUGGGGGAAUUCCUCAUUGCAAGAGUGUUUUGUAGAAGGAUGAUAUCAGAGGACUGGGAUGUAUUUACUACAACUGAAGAAUUCAAAAGAAUACAAUAUAUUCACUUGCAAAAACAAAAAAGGGCAUAUAUAUCUUCCAGUUUAAGGGAGUUGUAUGAAAGACAUGAACCUAAUCUCACUGUGCAUAAUCUAGUUGAUGAUAAUGAGGAAUGUUAUGAAAGUGAUGAUCUGAAAGAUUCUGUUUAUGGUUAUGAACAGGUAUUUAACAAUAUCAAUUUUUCUGAAACUCGGCUAGAUGCUUCACGAGACUAUUGUUCAAGGUUAUUUUGUUUGGUCUUGAGGCUACAGAUAUCCAUGUGUGGUCAGUUUAUCUCAGGCUAUUUGAAGAUUAAAAAUGAAAUCACCCCCAAGAGAGCAGAACAAAUAUACUAUAUUUACAGCAUGGUAUAUACUAGAGCAGAAGUAUGGCUUCAUCUAAUUACAGAAAUGGAAGAAGAUGACAUAUUCUUAAAACAAUGCUCACCGUAUCUCAGGAUUUUCCAGUGGAAUGUUGGUCUCCAAAACCAAGCUUACCAAAAGUUACUAAAGUAUGCCACACCACAGAGUGUUUUAUUACAAUCUUCAGGAGAUUGGGAGCUUAAGCAUAUGCAUGAGUAUGUGCAUGUAUUUUCCAAGGUACCAACAGAUAUUAACAUCCACUUUCGUGACCUCUAUUACCACAAAGAACAAAAUACUGCAGUUGUGUUACAGUGUCUGAAAAUUAUUUUUGCAGAUUGUGCAAGGUGUUACCUUACCACACUUUGUUGUCCGGUGGAUAAUGCAUGUGUGAACAUCCUCAAGAAGGCUAGUUACCUCCAGGAAUUACUUGUAAAGGUCAGUACACUCCAGGAUGCUAAAGAUCUUGCAAAAGUCACAUGUGAACUGCCGCAACUUAAAUAUCUGGAAGUUGUAUUUGAUCCAGUAAUAAUGAGUGCAGAACCUGAGACUUUGCCAACUUUUAAUGUGUUCCAGAGACAUAGAGGAUCAAAACUAAAUAACUGUAGAAAACAAAGAAAGUCAGGACUUGGAAGCAUGCUGAAUUUUGAACUUUUGCAAUUUAUAUCUAAUAAGUGGAAACUUCCAACAGGCCACUGCAAUUCUUUUUGUGUCCAAAGAGAAGUCAGUUCACGUAAUUGUAUCGGAUGUCACCACAGCCCACGAAGUCUUUUUAAUACAUACAACCAUUUUCAUGCAAUAAAAUGGCAUUUUAGGUACAUAAAAGUUUUGAAAAAGCUGUAUUUUAUUAUAAAUAAGAUUUUAUUAUUCACUAGAGGAAAAAAUCACAGCAAGAGCUUCAAUCCAUUUGCAAGGUGGAAUGACAAGGAUGGUUUGUGGUGGUACCUACUGGUCCUCCAUGUGACUCGUGGCUUAUUGCAAGAGCACAAGGAGAGCAUUGCAUUGCAUAACAGAAUUUUAAAGUUCACCCAUACUUUCUCAAACAAAGUCAAAACUGUGCCUAUCAAAUUAGUAUUUCCUGAAUCCUUGGCCUCUGAUCCAGUAAAAUUUGGAGCUGCAGUGGCUAAGCUUUGCCCAAACCCACGAGGUGUAGUCAUUGCAGGGGAUACACAACAAUUGCACUGUUAUAAGACGUCAUUGCUUAUGUGUUGGAUAUAUUUUUCAGUGUCAAAUGUUGAUGAGAUUCAUUUAGUUAACUUCGAUAAUGAUUCUGAAGACUAUAGACUAGAUGAAUUCAAUGUUAUUUUUCAUAUCAUGAGAAAAUUUGCACCCUCUAUAUAUUAUAGGACAAUGUCAUUUGGAAAAGGAACUUCUUUUGGAUAACUGAAUGAUGUAUCAGACUUUUAUAACAGAAAUUAUAUUUUCCCCUAUUAAGGAAAUUGAGAAUAGGAUAUUUACAAUUUAUAUUUGUUUAUGUAGGAGAGAGAGAGAGAGAGAGAGAGAGAGAGAGACAGACAGAGACAGAGACAGAGACAGAGAGAGACAGAGAGAGAGAGAGAGAGAGAGAGAGAGUUAGAGAGAGAGAGAGGGAAAGAGGUAAGUCUGAGUGAAACUGUAGUAGCUGGUGGUUUGGCAUCUGUUAUUCGAACUGGUGUCAUAUCUCUUUGGAGAGUGUUUGUUGUGGGUGUGUGUGCCCACAGGUAUGGCUGGGUGCUGAAGGUGAAGUUGGAGAUCAACUGGGGAGCCAACAGGCUCCCCAGUCAGCUAAGGACUUUGGCAGUCCUUGUGUUGCUGCUGCUGUUAUCGUGCUCCGAAUGCUGAUCUUGGCUCUGGAUCCUGAGUGCUUACACAUGCACUGUGUAAGCACUCAGGGAAUGAGGGUUGUGGGGUCGUGCUGCUAUAGGUACUAGGUACCUGUAGCAGUUACAGAUAAGCGAGCGAGUGAAAUACCAUGAUGUGUCACUCCGUGGGUCACCAAUGUAGUAGAUGGUGGUUUGGCAUCUACUAUUUGGACUGGUGUCUUUAUCUCUUUGGGGAGUGUUUGUUGUGGGUGUGAGUGCCCAUAGGUAUAGCUGGGUGCUGAAGGUGAAGUUGGAGAUCAACAGGGGAGCUGGUAGGCUCCCCAGUCAGCUAAGGACUUGUGUUGCUGCUGCUGUUCUGCUGGAGGAUUGGAGAAUGCUGAUCUUGGAUCUGGAUUCUGCGGCAUAAGUACAAGAGCGCUGUGUUAGCGCACAGGGAAUGAGGGGAGCCCACUGUCCAAUGAGUGCGGACAUGGCUGUGGACCUGGUGUGACCCAACCUAGGAAACUAUGCUGAACUUCAGGUUGCAUGGUUGUGCUGUUACAACUGGCUGGCAAUGCCACUGCUGAAGCACUGUCCCACUCUACUGUCUCUUUGUGUGUUUAUCAAUUUGUGUGCUGUACUCUUGCUGUACUGCAAAUGAAGAGUCAAACUCUACCACUCUAUCAUCCCACCACUGCCACCAACUAUAGGAGGCUCUAUUUUGGUGUAGAACCUCCUACAGGUGACUGAGGGUACAAUGAUAAAUUGGUACAGUGUGUGUGUGUGUGUGUGUGUGUGUGUGUGUGUGUGUGUGUGUGUGUGUGUGUGCGUGUGU